AUGGCUAGUUCUACUCAUGUGUCUGAUGAUGACGUUCUUACAAAUGCAGAUGAUCAACAAUUUGAAGUUUUCUGCAUUAUUUGGCUGGAUAAUAAUAUGCAAGCUAAUGAUGAUCGAGAUACAGAACAGAAAUUACGUUCUAUUAUUAACCGUUUCAAGCGGUUCAAAGAUGUAGAACGAUGUCAGCAGUAUAUCAAUGCACGAUCCACAGAAGAUAGACUAAUUAUUAUUGUCAGUGGUCGAUUCGGACGAAAGAUUGUUCCAACAAUUCACAAUCUUCGGCAGGUUAUAUCAAUCUAUGUGUAUUGCAUGAAUGAGGCCGAUAACAGAGAAUGGUCUAAAAAAUAUACAAAGGUCAAAGAUGUUGUUACUGAACUUGAUAAACUUAUUUCUCAAAUUGAAGUUGAUCAUAAAAUUCAAAAAAUUAUUGAACAACCAUUAUCCAUUACUAUUUUUAAGGCAGGCAAAUCAAUAGACGAUGUCAAUGGUAAAUUUGUCUAUUCACAAGUGCUUAUCGACUGUCUUCUACGACUUAAAACUAGUCCAGAAGAUAAGAAAGAGCUUAUUCAAAUUUUGAAAC